AUGUUCUCCAAGGCGGUCAUUCGGGGCACCACAUUUGCCAGAACGCUGCCCAGGCGUCAAGCUUAUGGUAUUACCUGUCGCUCAGUCACGACUGAUGCUGCCUCGUCCCAUGCGGAGAAAGCAGAUGUCCCUUCGGAAGAUGAUAAGCCCUUCCAAGUCAAGCUGUCCGACGAGAGUUUCGAGACCUACGAACUCGACCCUCCUCCGUACACGCUAAACACCACCAAGAAAGAACUGAAACAGAUGUACUACGACAUGGUGUCGAUACGACGCAUGGAAAUGGCAGCCGACCGAUUGUAUAAGGAGAAGAAGAUUCGAGGCUUCUGCCAUCUUUCUACAGGCCAGGAAGCUGUGGCGGCUGGCAUAGAGCACGCCAUCACCAAGGACGACCAUGUCAUCACUGCUUAUCGGUGCCAUGGCUUCGCCCUCAUGAGGGGCGGUACUGUCCGAUCAAUCAUUGGUGAACUGCUUGGACGCCGGGAGGGAAUCGCUCAUGGCAAAGGGGGCUCUAUGCACAUGUUCGCCAAGGGCUUCUACGGUGGUAACGGCAUUGUUGGUGCUCAAGUUCCUGUGGGUGCAGGCAUCGCGUUUGCAAAUCAGUAUUUGGGUAGAGAUAAUACCACAUUGGCAUUGUAUGGUGAUGGUGCUUCGAAUCAAGGUCAAGUCUUUGAAGCAUUCAACAUGGCGAAGCUUUGGGCAUUGCCAAUCAUCUUCGGCUGCGAAAACAACAAAUAUGGAAUGGGUACGUCGGCUGCGCGAUCUUCCGCCCUGACCGAAUACUACAAACGUGGUCAAUACAUCCCGGGACUCAAGAUCAAUGCAAUGGACGUCCUCGCUGUGAAAGCGGCAGUUCAGCACGGCAAAGAAUUUACGAGCAACGGCAAUGGCCCUCUCGUCUAUGAAUAUGUCACGUACAGGUAUGGAGGUCACUCGAUGUCUGACCCCGGCACAACUUAUCGAACACGUGAGGAGAUUCAGAGGAUGAGAUCAACCAAUGAUCCUAUCGCCGGUCUGAAACAGAAGUUGCUGGAUUGGGAGGUGGUGACGGAAGAUGAGCUGAAAGCAAUCGACAAGGAGGCAAGGUCGCAUGUUGAUGAGGAGGUUGCAAUCGCAGAGAAGAUGGAAAUCCCCGAACCGACACCGAAGAUCCUUUUCGAGGAUAUCUAUCCCGCAGCAGCCAGUGAACGUGCACCUCUGCUCCCUCGUCAUCAACAGUCCAAUCCGUCAUCGAUGUUGCGCUCAUCUGCUACCAGGGCGCAACGGAACGUGACCUUUAAUCCAUUGACAACCGUGUCUACACGAGAAGGGGUGCCAGCUCCUGGGCCCUCCUUACACCCCAUUCAGUCACCCUCGAGCGGGCUGACAACCUCGCACAGUGUCCCUACUUCGCAGCCAAUGCUUUCUGCCAUCAACAGCAAGCUCCGACGACGAAACAGUGCUGGUGCCCCUCUCAGCCCUGGGCCCACAUCACCUGCGGCUCCGAAGACUGGUGCUCAGAGAACAACGAAAAAUGCUCAAAAGCUGAAGCUCUUGCCAAACCCUGAAGCGGGGGUGGAGGAUGCGGACGAAGAGAGUGGAAGAGAUGUAUAUUCACAGUUCACGCGAAUCAAGGAUCCAACCGCCAGAAGGGAUGCAGCAAGACUGGGCAAGGCCGAUCGAGAUCGCCUGCCACGAGUCACAGCGUAUUGUACAGCACAGGCAUACCGGUUAGAGGGAGUCAUACGGUUUAUGAAGUCAAGGGCAAGGACAAGAGGCGCCAAUCCGAAACUGUUUGACGAGUGUCUAUACUCUCCAUACGACUAUAACUAUCUGAAAAAGGACGGAAGGAAAACUGGUGGUGCGGGACGACGUGCAAGUCCCUUGCGAGAACGGUUACAACGGAUUCCAUCAUCGCCACGGAUUAGUGAACGCAGAUACUCGGAUUCGGCUGUGGAGGUGGAGGACAACACCAAGCACAGGAGGGAUGAUCUAAUAUACUUGGUAGAUGAGUAUGAGCAAGACCAAUCCACCUUAGAGGAGACAGACGGCACCGCCUUGACCUCGCGUUCGGCAACGGAUUUGCAUCACCGAGAAACCGACGAUCUCCAUAUUCGAGACAAUUCAGAUCUUUCCACAACUGUGCACACUCCUGAGAUCUUCAUUUUCGACUACGGGGCGGUCGUAAUUUGGGGCAUGACAGUGGCACAGGAACGUAGAUUUCUGGCAGAUAUGAGCAAGUUUGCCGAUACCCCCUUGCCAGCCGAAUCAGCGCAGACCGAGGACUUCAACUUCUACUACACGAAAGACUACCAAGCGCGAAUCUAUAAUGAUUUCAUCAGUCUGCGAGAUCCGAAGAAUCAUAUGAUCAAGCUUGCCAUCAGCCAUGCCCUCGCACAAUCAGUCAAAACAAGUUUGUUUGAAGAUCUCGUCUCCGACACCAUCGAAGACACCUCGCCACUACCAGCGCUCAUCGCACAGACAGGAUCAAUCAAUCUAUCACGCCGGCAGCUAAACAUGAAGAUCGGCGAGCUCUUCAUUCUCCGCAUCAAUAUACAUCUCCAAGGUUCUGUGCUGGACAGUCCUGAGUUGAUGUGGGCGGAACCUCAUCUGGAGCCGGUGUAUGCAGCAGUCAGGAGCUAUCUCGAGAUUGGCCAACGCGUCGAGCUCUUGACCGAAAGAUUGGAUGUGAUAGCAGAUCUACUUGCUGUGUUGCGAGAACAAGGGAGUCGAAGACACGGCGAGGUUUUGGAAUGGAUUGUAAUUAUUCUUAUCGCUGCUGAAAUCUUGGUCGCAGCCAUAAAUAUUGUUGUUGAUCUGUAUGCUGGGGUUGACUAG